AUGAACUUUUCGGACAAUGAAAAUGACGAGACUUCCAGCGUUGAAAGCACUUCAAACACCGACAAUACCUCCCGUAGUGAAACACCGACAAACACUCGUUUCAAGAAACGACGCCGAGGCAAGAAAAAGGUUCCUAAACAAGGAAAACCGCCAUAUAAAUUUAACUGUAGUGCAAAAGAAGACCAUGGUCAACCACUGUUUGGUUGUCAAUUUAACCACCAUUUGGGUGAGGGAGAACCACAGGUGUUUGCGGUAGUGGGCAGUAACAGGGUGUCCAUCUAUGAAUGUCCUGAAUCAAGUGGCUUCAAAUUUCUUCAAUGUUAUGCAGAUCCUGAUGUUGAUGAAACAUUCUACACCUGUGCUUGGUCAUACGAAGAAGAUACUGGCCUACCAUUACUGGCUGUAGCAGGAUCCCGCGGUAUUGUCCGGAUUUUCGCUCCUGCUACACAAACCUGCAUAAAACAUUACAUUGGCCAUGGACAUGCUAUUAAUGAAGUGAAGUUCCACCCACGGGAUCCGAACUUGCUUCUGUCUGCAAGUAAAGAUCAUGCAUUAAGAUUAUGGAAUAUUAAGACUGAUGUGUGUAUAGCAAUUUUUGGAGGAGUUGAAGGGCACAGAGACGAAGUUCUUAGUGCUGAUUUUGAUCAGAGAGGAGACAGGAUCAUGUCAUGUGGCAUGGACCACUCGCUCAAAUUAUGGCGGCUCGACAAGCCGUCGAUGCAUGAGGCUAUCAAACAGAGCUAUAAUUUCAAUCCUCAUAGAGCACUGAGACCAUUCAAUUCCUUGAAGGAGCAUUUUCCAGACUUUUCUACACGAGAUAUUCAUAGAAAUUAUGUUGAUUGUGUUAGAUGGAUGGGCGAUCUUAUUUUAUCCAAAUCUUGCGAAAACGCCAUCAUUUGCUGGAAGCCAGGACGUUUGGAAGACACAGAGAUUCGACCAGGGGACAGUUUUGUCACUCUUGUUCAUAGAUUCGACUACAAGGAGUGUGAGAUAUGGUUCAUACGGUUUGCUGUCGACUACAGCCAAAGAGUAAUAGCACUUGGUAACCAGUGUGGUAAGACGAUGGUGUGGGAGCUGGGUAACGUAGCAGGAGGCUCUCGAGUAUCUCAGUUGGUUCACCCACGAUGCGUCGCGGCUGUGAGACAGGUGACAUUGUCUCGCAACGGCAAGAUAUUGCUAACAUGCUGCGACGACGGCACCAUCUGGCGAUGGGAUCGCGUUAACAAUGGAAACGUUUGA